CACCCUACCCCUCCCUCCAAACGUAAGGAAUGGUCCAUACAUGGGAAGGCGGUUGUGAUUACAGGUGGCGGCUCCGACAUUGGGAAAAGCUUGACUCGCGCCUUCGCCGUUGCUGGACCUUCUCAAAUUACCGUCUUGGGAAGAGCAGAAAAUGUGUUGGAAGCGACUAAGCAGGAGAUCGAAGCCCAGGAUGAGGAAGUGACAAUCAGCGUCCACGUUGCAGAUCGGACGCUGCCGAUCUUGCAUCAAUCGCAAAGGCUGCUUCCCUCAUAG